GUGUUGUAACCCAUUCAAACCCAAUCGAAAGAAGCCAAAGGGCGGAAGGCAGUGUAAAAUUUGCUAGCGAUCCAGUUUCACGAUGGUGCUUUCUCGAGUCCUGGCGGUGCUGUGCGUGGCAGUCGUUCUCCUGUCAGAGGCCCCUGGUGCGAGUGUUAAUGCUGAAACGGUGUCGCUCCAGCGGCAGCUGGAAGAGGAGGUGGUGAAGGUGCACAUCAAGGCGCACCCGAAAGAGGAAGCUUCCCAGCCCAAGCUCCAAGACGCCUCCCCGUCAAGAAAACACUCACAUAAGCACCACAAGAAGGAUGGAGGGGAGGAAACAACGGAAAGCGGCGAGACAGUGCGUAACUAUGACCAUGGUACCGUCCGCAUGGAGUCGAAGGGUGCUUCGGCCGGGAAGAAGCUCGCGAAGGGCCACCACAAGAAGGAGCCCUCCAAGAAGGAGUCAACGGACGAGACUGUGGUCGAGUACAACCAUGGAAGCGUCAAGAUCUCGAGCACGGAGUCGACAGGUGGCGAGACGACGGACAAAACCAAGAAAACCGCCACGCCGGACGAGAAAGAGGUCACUAGAACGGCCAACGAUGUCAAUCAGCUCGUGACGAAGCUCAGCAGUACUGACUCAACGGAAAAGAAGUCGUUCAUUGACGCGUACGGCCCAGUGGUUGUCAUCUGCGGAAUCAUUGGCGGCUUGGCGGCCGUCAUCGGCGUCGCUGGCCUGGUGAUGGGCCAACCCCAGUCGAACGACAACAACUUGGAUUCGGUCUUGAGCGCAUCGGACCUGGACGUUGACGUUGAAGCCAAUGUCACAUCGUCUGGAGGAGCGCAGGAUGCUACCGAUGACGGCGACGAUCUUCUGGACAAUUCGGACUCCGAAGCCGUCGACGAUGCGGAAGAAGAGGAAGGCACCUUUGCCAACGGCGCAGCUCACGCGUCCGUGUAAGGCGCUUGAGCAAGCCGCUCGCCUAAUGUGCAGGCAUUCAUAUGUUUGUGACAGCUCUUAGUACGGGCCUGCCUUUCAUUUAUGAUAUUUGUGGGUUUGCGUUGCAGAUCCAGUCAAAUUAGGUCUUAUCGUUGAGCGUUUGACGUCUUAUUCUCCGUCGAUCGCUACUACCAGUGAAAGCAGCAUCGCGCAUCGUCCGUUGUCGUUGGUCUUUGCUUUCUGUGGCCAGUUCAGUCUCAUUCAUAUCACGUAACGGCAGCAAGCACACGCUCUACGAAUAGGUCUGUUACGUUUUGAAGAGGACAGGCCUUGGUGGUGAUAAGGUAACACUAUGUUCAUAAUGAGCAUGAAGACGAAGCUAUGUUUUCGAAGGUCGGGAUGCAUUUAAAUGGAUGAAGAGAAACUUUGUGCGACUUAGCUUUUGCAUGCUGCUACCCAAUGUCGAAGUUGCUGGUAGGCAACCAGUGGUAGGAUAGCUUCAACUAGACCCAUACAAAAAUAGAGUCAAGAAAACGUCUAGCACCCU